UCUGGUCCUUGGCGCGCUCAGGAGAUUUGGCGCUAGAGUCUCUCCCGCUUCAGUCCGCCGCGCUAACGGCUCCUGACCGCCUCUCCAACCCCCUUUUGCGGCUCCUCAUGACGGCUUGAACCGGCAGCCAUGUGCGAGGAGGAGAACCGGGUCGCCGAAGAACUUUUCAAGGACGUCAAAUUCUACGUGGUGGGGGACAUUGACCCGAAGGUGGUGCAGCUGUUGAAGGAGGGCAAGGGUAAAGAGGUGUCCUACAAUGCUCUGGCUACUCACAUCAUCGCGGAGGACGGAGACAACCCGGAGGUGGGAGAGUCCCGGGAAGUCUUUGACCUUCCCGUGGUCAAGCCAUCCUGGGUCAUCCUGUCAGUGCGAUGUGGAGACCUGUUGCCAGUCACCGGCUUCUCUCCUGAGUCUGGACAGAUCUUCUUCGGAGUGACGGCCUGUCUUCCCCGGCUUCCGGAAGACCUGAAUGCACUGUGGGCCUACGUCACCUUCUAUGGCGGCGAGUGUCAGCUCAACCUCAACAAGAAGGUCACGCACCUACUGGUCAGCGAGCCCAAGGGGGCCAAGUUUGAGUGUGCCAUGAAACACCACAACAUCAAGAUUGUGACCCCGGACUGGAUCUUGGACUCUGUCAGAGCUAAGAGCCGCUGUGAGGAGUCCCUCUACCACCCCCGCCUCACCUACCUGGAGGACGAGGAGGACAGCGAGGCCGACUCCUACGACCAGCGCUCCGAUGGCAGCUACAGCCCGCGGCGCUCCAGGAGGUCCAGCGCCGCCUCGUCUGAGGACUCCAGUCCCCACAGGCGCCCGGGGCCCAAAAAACUCAACUCCAUCUCCCCGUCGUCGCCGCGGAAACCCGAGUGUCGCGGCGAGCGCAUGUUCGACGACUCCGACGACGACCUGUCCACGGAGAAGGAGGGCACCAACCUCAACUGGACGCCGGCGGAGGUGGUCGCUCCCACCCCGCCGGCCAGGAGGCGAGGCGGACCCCCCGGCGCCAAGGACCCAGUGUCCUCUGCGGGCGGCCUCAUUAACCUGUGUGCCACCGUCCCUCCGGUACCUGGAAGUGUUGCCAUGCCGACGGAGGCCCGCACGGCCGCGGCCAUCAGUCAGAACUCACAAGGAGGUGUGUCAGUUCCAGAGGGAAUCCCUGGUUGGAGUCCAGCAGCAGCGAGGACGCUGCGGAAUAUUACCAACAACUCUGACAUGCAGCCCAUCAUCCGACCUGCCAGCGUAGCACAUAUCAUCCAGAACCUGAACCAGGGAAAGCCACUGGAGCACCAGACCAAUCAGAGCCAUUCCCAGACGCUCAACACUGCCAACGCGCUGCUCUUCAAUCAGUCCAAAAUGGCCGGCCAGCAGCAGCAGCAGCUCAUGCAACAGUCGGCACAGCAGCACCAUCAACAGUUACCGCAGCAGCAGCACCCCAUGAUGCAACUGCAGCAGCAGCAGCAGCAUCAGAUGAUGCAGUUGCACCACCAACAGUCGCAAGUUGCACAGCAGCAGCUGUUUCCGCAGCAGCAACAGCAGCAUCAAUUCCUACAGCAGCAACAGUUGCACCAACAGCAGUUGUUCUCGCAGCAGCAGCAGCAGCAGCAGCAUUCCUUCCCUCAGCAGCAGCAGCAGCAGCUGCGCCCUCCGCAGCUUUUGCGGCCCGGCGUGCAGCAGCAGCAGCUGCAGCAGCAACAGGCCCUGCAGCAGCAGCUGCAACAGUUCCAGCAGCAGCAACGCAUGCAGAUAUUGCAGCAGCAGCAGCAGCAACAAAACCAUCAGCAGUUGCACCAGCAACACCUGCAGCAGCAGCACUUCCUGCAGCAGCAGCAGCACAUGCAGCAGAUGCAGCAGCAGCAGCAGCUGCAGAACCAUCACCAGCAGGCCAUGCAGCAGCAGCAGCAACAACAACAACAACAGCCUGCUCACGUCUCCUUGUUUGGACACGAGCAGGGAACAGAAAUACCACAGGACGGCUUCUUGCUGGGCUGCGUGUUCGCCAUCGCCGACUACCCCGAACAGAUGGCGGACAAACAACUUCUGUCCACGUGGAAACGGGUGAUCCAGGCCUGCGGGGGUGCUGUUGACUCCUCCCUGACUAGCCGCUGCACACACCUGCUGUGUGAGAGUCAGGUCAGCAACAUGUAUGUGCAGGCCCUCCGAGAGGGCAAACGCUGCGUCACGGCACACUGGCUCAACACCGUGCUGAAGAGGAAGAGGAUGGUGCCACCUCAUCGGACGCUACAUCUGCCUUUCGCCUUCCCGCCUGGCGCCAAACCUUGCUCUCAACACAUCAUAUCGGUGACGGGCUUCGUGGACGCCGACCGUGACGACCUGAAGCUGAUGGCGUACUUGGCGGGGGCCAGGUACACGGGCUACUUGUGUCGCAGCAACACUGUGCUCAUCUGCAAGGAACCCAGUGGACUGAAGUACGAGAAGGCCAAGGAGUGGAAGAUCCCCUGUGUCAACGCUCAGUGGCUGUGUGACGUCCUGCUGGGCAACUUUGAAGCCCUGCGACAGAUUCUGCACAGUCGCUACUCCAUCUACACCCACCCGGAACCACUGGUGCCCAACCUGCAGCUGGUCCAGAACCUGCUGGGUCCUUGGAGAAUACCAAUCAAAGUGUCUCCAGAAGCCUUGGCGAGCAUGCAGCAGCUGCAGAAACAGAAGCUCCUGGACUCCAACAGCCAACCUGCUGGCAAAAAGGCUCGGCUGGAGGAGACGCAGUCCCCCGGCAAGAAGCUCCCGCCCGAGUCCACGCCGCGCGUCAUGUUGACGGGGUUCGAGCCCACACAGGUGCAACAGUACACCAAGAGGCUGCAGGCUCUAGGCGGGGAAGUGGCCGACAGCAGCCAGAAGGCGACUCACCUGCUGGCCAGCAAAGUCAAGCGCACUGUCAAGUUCCUCAGCGCCAUGUCCGUGGUCCAGCACGUGGUCACCCCCGACUGGCUGGAGGAGUGCUGGAGGAGCCAAAAGUUUGUCGACGAGCAAAACUACAUCCUGAGGGACGCUGAGGCCGAGGUCCUCUUUGGCUUCAGUCUGGAGGAGUCCCUGAAGAAAGCUCACAGUGCAGCACUUUUUAAGGGCAAGUACUUCUACCUGACACCAGGCAUGUGUCCCAGCCUGAGCACCAUGAAGUCCAUCGUAGAAAGUGCCGGAGGGAAGCUGCUGGCCAAACAACCCUCCUACAAAAAGAUCAUGGAACACAAACACAACAAAAACCUCCCGGAAAUCAUCUUGAUCUCGUGCGACAACGAUCUCCAUCUGUGCAGAGAAUAUUUCCUCAAAAACAUCGACGUCCACAACGCCGAGUUCAUCCUGACGGGAGUUCUCACCCAGAAACUGGACUACGAGUCAUAUAAAUUCACUUGAGAGGACGACCUUGAAGAGGACGACCUUGAAGAAGCGGACUAUUAAUGAUGAAUAUUAAUGAUGAAAUAAGUGAAGUGACUACUGCUGUUUUUACUGUGCAUACACUUUUAUAGCUUUUCUCACCACAAAGGAAUGAUGCUAUUUUUCUCCAAUGAUGCAAUAUUUUAUUCUUCUUCUCUCGCUGCUUUUUGCAAUAAAUAUUUCUCAACAUUC